GGAGAUCAGGGCAUGUCAUCAGACGCGCUGUGGGUCGUGCUGCUCGCAAACCUUUUUGCCCUUUUGUUGAAGAACUUGCAAAGGACUAGCGAUUGUCAUGACUUCACCACGACAAGUCUUGAAAGAAAAAAUGGCACACACACCCGCCACAUUGCUACAACAAAGGCUACAGUUAAAGUGCAACUUCUGUCCACGCCAUCUAACAUUUGUUACUGCCGGUCCAUACAUAUAAUUGCCAGUCUUGUCGCUCAUCUCGCCUCGACAUGCUUUAGCUACCACCGGGCCGACCCCGUGGUCACGAUGUUUGGUCGGCCUCAUUAGUCUGAUUGGUAGCAUCAAAGGUCUCAACGCCUUGUUACCUUCCAUGUCUGCUCCGCAUACCAAGCGUAUUUGCCAGAUAAUCAAGCUCAAACCAGAAUGCGUGGACGAGUACAAAGAGGUCCACAGGAACGUCUGGCCCAGCGUCCUCAACGCCAUUAGACGGCACCACAUCGUGGACUACUCGAUCAACCAUUACCCGCAGCUGAAUUUGCUCAUCGCAAACUUCAAGUACACGGGUAGUGACUUUGAGAAAGAUAUGAAAGCCAUCGGGGACGACGAGGAGACGCAGAGGUGGUGGAACCUCACAGAUAGUAUGCAGGAGAGCUUUAAUGACGGUGCUUCUGGGAGUGGAAAGGAUAUCCCUUGGUGGACGGACGUCGAGGAAGUCUUCCGUUUCGAGGGAGGUUCUUCAGCAUGAUACGUUGAUAGCCAUUAUUGAUGAGUUUGACUACCUCACUGCGUGAAUCAAGUAUUGGAUGACAGCUAUGCCGUCGACGGGUACUACCGUGCCAGGAUGAGAUACUAAGAGUUUGGGCUCAGGUUGUUGACUAGUU